UAUGCAACAAGUCCUGCCUCUGAAGGUUGCCGUGCAGGCUUCGCCAAGCAACUUGCGCGGGGAGGACUUUCACCCCACUUUGACCGGAACUUGGACCACGUCAACACUCAAGCAUUGGCUUGAACAGGGCCGUCUAGACCUCAGGCGUCAAGUGAUGACAGUGGAUUGUUUUCGCAAGAAGGUGCGUGACUAAUCCCUGCUGCGACGCGCGGCGUAGAGAUUCUGACAGCCUUGGACAUCAUGCAACAUGUUACUUUGUCAAUGCAAAGUUAAAAGAAACAACAUACACAAGGAAAAGCGAAAAGCUUGUGCAGAACUGCACUCUAUUCAAAGCACGCAACAUGAGCUCCUCCAUAGCAAUAUGUGGGGGAGGCGCUUGCGGCCUUGCCGUAUUGCUUUCCAUCCUUGAGCUGACGGAAAACGAUACUCCUAUCCGAACGAUAUACCUAUUCGAAAAGCGCUCACAGAUUGGUCCUGGGCUAGCGUAUUCGGAAGGUUCGGGAAACACUAUUAUCAACAUGAGAGCGGAUACUAUGGGCCUCUGCAUUUCUGACCCAUUACAUUUUACUCGAUGGUUGGAGUCGAACAAACCUCGCGCUGAACAGGGUUCUUAUCCGCCGCGACAGCUAUAUGGAACAUACCUUAACUGGUUGUUUCAGUCAGCUUUCCAUAACGCCAGAAGCAAGAACGUACACUUGCAAGUCGUCUACCAGGAAGUUGUUACUGUCCUAAAGAAGGAUCGAACGUUUGAGAUCGUGGAUGAAAGCGGCGGCACAUACACGGUCGACAAAGUCGUGCUGGCUCUAGGAAACUUUCCAUGUUGUUCACAGCCACACUUAGCGAACACGCCUGGUUAUUUUGAAACCCCUUGGCCCCUUGAAAAGCUCAAUACCAUUCCCAAGAACUCUUCAGUCUGUAUAGUAGGCUCUGGUCUUAGCGGCAUCGAUGCUGCCAUACACAUGGCAGACACUGGACACGAAGGCCUUUUGAUGCUUGUCUCUCGCGGUGGUCGUCUUCCCAAAGUUCAAACCAACCGUCUCCUCAAGCCCUACAAAGGUCAAUAUGCACUUCACGUCAUUGCCCGGCAUUUAGAAGAAUAUCGAGCCGAGGCGGCAUCCCCAGAAUGGCUAUUCAGUAAGUUUAGAUCUCUUGCAGAGGAACUGGACUUGAAAGACUGGACAAACUUUCUAUUCAAAGAAGAUCCAUUACUGCAGCUCUCGCGCGACAUCCAGGACGCGGAAAGGGGUACAUUGCAAUGGAGAGCGCUCGGAGAUGCUGCAGCGCCAUUCUUCGAACGAUUCUGGGACGCUCUGGCCAUCGACGAUCGAAAGGCCUUCUUAGAGAAAUGGAACAGCAUGUGGUACAGCUAUGUGCACGCCAUGCCUUAUGAAAAUGCAGUUCGCUUGCAAUCGUUGAUGGAGCAAGGACGUAUAGUGGUUUGCGAUGUGGUUGAGAUUCAGCAUAAUUCAUCAGGGUACACAAUAACGACCAGGGACCAGCCUCUGAGUUCCGACUACCUGAUUGAAGCCAGUGGUCUCGAGAUCCACGUGUCCAAAAUUCAAUCCCGUAUAGUGGAGUCGCUUGUUUCCCGAAAAUUGUUGACACCUCAUCCACUUGGUGGGUUUUCCGUCGAUCGGAAUACCUUGGAGUCUACAACGACAGCUGGCUUAUACGUCAUCGGGUCCUUAACAACAGGCGUACACUUCUAUACCAAUGGUAUUGACCGCAAUGUCAUACAUGCAUCGCGUGUUGCCAGGCAUCUUGCCAAACUACCUCUCCACGUCCAUAAGCAUAUCGCUCUGAUACUACCAGAAAACGACAAGAUAUGUGGCUCAUUUAACUCCGCCAUCAUUCCAGCAUUGCUAGACGAAUGUUUGGUUCCAUUUAUUUAUAUCGUGAAGGAUUGGACCCCUUCAAUGGGAUGUGGUAUGGACCACGAGUGCUCAUCAUCCUUACAGCAGUCGUGCGAUCAACCUGGGAACAUACACGGAAGUCACGAUCAUGCGGAAACUCGUGAACUCAAACAAGAUUUGGCCAGGAUUUGCGAUACAUUGGGUCUCUCGAUCAGCAUUUGUAGCGUGUUUGAUGAAGUGUUCCCGGACAUACUGCAUGAACACCACAUUGACUUCGGCCUCACUCCGGCGAAUCAGCAGUGGUGCGAAAGGUUCUUUGGUACGAGGUUUGAGUAUCGUUGGAUCACCACAGAUCCAAGUUGUUGCUUCGCCAAAAGAGCAGAACCAAGGUUUCCGUCCGCAACAUCCGUACGUGCUGAAGAGAUAGCUAUAAGUGUAAUUUCACGCUACAUCUAUAGCAUAGAGACGUAACCGAAUUACCAGCUACUUAGAAAAGCUCAAGCACAGAUAAGCGGACAUGUGUUACGUUUGUGAUCAGGAUUAUCUCUAGUAUAGAUCAGGCCUUCGAAGCUGAACAUACGCCACGUCAUGAGUCCUCCAUGCCAGUGUGCCUUGCACUAGAAGCGACAGUCGUACUCUCAAUAUAGGAUCUAAAUACUGCUCAA